CUCUUCCCGACUUCCCGCGCGACUUGCGGCCGAGCUCUCGCGAGACUUAAAGCCCACUUGAUAUAUUUCCCGGCGUGCCUCGCUCUCCCUUUUCCUCCCCGCAGCCAAGAUGCCCAAGGGGAAGAAGGCCAAGGGGAAGAAGGUGGCCCCGGCCCCAGCCGUGGUCAAGAAGCAGGAGGCCAAGAAGGUGGUCAACCCCCUCUUCGAGAAGAGGCCCAAGAACUUCGGCAUCGGGCAGGAUAUCCAGCCCAAGCGGGACCUGACUCGUUUCGUGAAAUGGCCCCGCUACAUCCGACUCCAGCGCCAGAGGGCCAUUCUCUACAAGCGGCUGAAGGUGCCUCCAGCCAUCAACCAGUUCACCCAGGCCCUGGACCGCCAGACAGCUACUCAGCUUCUGAAGUUGGCCCACAAAUACAGACCGGAGACAAAGCAAGAGAAGAAACAGAGGCUGUUGGCCCGGGCAGAGCAGAAGGCUGCUGGGAAGGGUGAUGUUCCUACCAAGAGGCCUCCUGUGCUAAGAGCAGGAGUCAACACAGUUACAACCCUGGUGGAGAACAAGAAAGCCCAGCUGGUGGUGAUUGCCCAUGAUGUUGACCCCAUUGAGCUGGUUGUCUUUCUGCCUGCCUUGUGUCGAAAAAUGGGAGUCCCUUAUUGUAUCAUCAAAGGGAAGGCCAGACUGGGUCGCCUUGUCCAUCGGAAGACCUGCACCUGUGUGGCCUUCACACAAGUUAAUCCGGAGGAUAAGGGAGCACUGGCCAAACUGGUGGAAGCAGUCAAGACCAAUUAUAACGAGAGAUAUGAUGAGAUACGUCGUCACUGGGGUGGUAACGUCCUGGGGCCGAAGUCAGUAGCUCGCAUUGCUAAGCUUGAAAAAGCUAAAGCGAAAGAAUUGGCCACCAAGCUUGGGUAAAUGUAUCAGAUUUUCCCCAGGUUUUUCUGUACAUAAAAAUAAAAUACUGAACAAAAA